AGUUCCCAAUAUGUCUUCCCCCUUAAACACUAGUUGAUAAUUUGUAUAACACAAAUAUUAUACACAUACAGUAGGUCUCCCUAUACAUUAGAGUUCAAGAUUGAUAUUUUAGUCUUGUUAGAGAUGUGGGGACAUUUCCAGGUUGGUUUUAGGUUUUUCUAUUCAGUAGAAUCUAAGUACUUUAAACUCAAUUUCAACACAAGAACACGCUAAAAAGCAUUUCGUCUAUUCAAUUCUCGUUUCAUUCACAAACAAAUCUUGCAACGGGUCAUUGUAAGGGGGAAUCACUUUGGAAUCUUACAUGACCAGAUAACCACAUGGAUAGCUCUAGGAAGUAAUGAUCUUCCGUUCUAGGGAGACAUCUCUAAUUUAUAAGAUAAGAAGAAUAAUUAUAUUGGAUAAAUGCCAAAGUACAUCGCCUUAAGUCGCCGGAACAAGUUGUUGUCAGGGCUGACAUUGCUUCUUGUCUGUGUCGUCUGGUACGUUUACCCCGGGAGUGACCCAGACUCAGGAUUACAAAUCUUACAGAUUCAAAGCCGUUCGCCCAGCAGACGUGACCUUGCCGUCAUUUUAAACCAUUUCAUCAGAGACUCGGGCAAAAAUUUCGGCUUCCUUGGCGACAAUGUCGACAAGCUGUUUCCUGUCUUCGAGCAGCUGGAUAACGACACGCUGGUAGUCAAGCAGACGAUUGUAUCUUUCCUGGCUCAGCCAAUCAUCAACGAUCAUGCAUUUACCUAUUUGCACAACCCUCACCGCGCAUGCGCAGGUCGUGACCUUGACAUUCUUUUUGUGAUUCCUUCGUCUCCUGAUAAUUUUGAGAAGCGGAGCAUCCUACGAACAGGAAACUACGGCGAAUAUGUCCGGAACGUAGACAACAAGGCCAAGCUUUUGUUUUUCAUCGGAAAGCCGAGCACCAUGGAGAUUCAAAAUAAAAUCGAUACCGAAUCGAACACAUAUGACGACAUCGUUCAGGAAUCGUUCGACGAUAUCUAUAAAAACAUACGCUACAAAGCGGUAUCGAUGCUGAAAUGGGCCAGCACGUUUUGCCAGCAGACGUCGUACGUUAUACGAAACGAUGACGACAUACAAGUGGACCUGUCAGCGGUGGUCAAGGCCGUGAAACGAAGCCAUUCCAAAUAUGCCAAUUUUGUUUUAGGGCGGGUCCGUCUUAACGACGUGCCUUGCAGAAACGCGUCGGCGAAGGCUUAUUUGUCCAAAGAGGACUAUCCCGACGCGCAUCUGCCGCCUUUCGCUCUGGGGGGACUUCUAGGGUAUCCGAUAUUGACUGUGGAGCUGCUGUACCAAGCAGCGUUGAGAGUGAAGCCCAUCUGGUUAGAUGACGUGUUCAUUACUGGAAUGUGCGCGCCAAAAGUUGGCGCGAAACUACUGAGCGAUUCUGCUAUGUUGUUUACGCACAAUGGGAAAAUAGCGGAGUGAUACAAUAGUGAAACAGUAGGCAGACAUUUAACUUUCAAAUCAGGAACCGGACUACAUGGGGUCAUAGGAGUAUUAUAAGAUACGCUACAAAGCAGUCAUCUGUGUCCAUGGGAGGACAACCAAGGAGGAACAAAGCCUUUGAAAGGGAAAUAAACGCUCAAAAAAACAAAACAAAACCUAGCUGAAAAUGCAUUUCACGAAAUCAAUGGCUUUACAACAUGAAAUAGAGAAUUUCUAAGGCAAAGCUACUUUUUCUAGUACUUCAACGCUUUAACAAAUAUGUGCCUGGAAAUGUGAGAAACCUGCUUUUUGUUUAUGUUUGGGAACAAUGCCUCUCUUGGAGUCACAGGAUAUUCUGUUUAUCUCCACUAUUCAUCAGCAAAAAUACUUUCGUCGACGAAAACGUGUGGAAACUUUAAUGCUCCAGUCGAUGUAAAAUAGAUAUUAAGAUAUUAAGAAAGUUUAAGUAUCAGGUUUGGUUUAGACUGCCUUGAUUAUAUACACAUUCUUAUUAUCUCAGUUCGCUGAUAUGUUCUAGUGAGUUUAAACCACAAAGUGUAAGAAUUGAAUUCGAUUGAUGGAUAAAUGUAAUUGGAUUAAACGACGGACAUUUUCAUCCUAAAUUCAAUGCCGGCCAAUCAGAUGAUGACCCCAUUUCCUCUCAACGCAGCCCGCCAUGACACACUCUCAACAGUCCCAACACCUGCUUAGCUUAGUCAAUAUGUUGAUGCUUUGGGCCCACACUAGGAUAAAGAACUGGUCAUCCAGAGAUCUCUGGACAUAACAAAACUAGCCAGUUUUGAACGAAAGCACUGAAGGAGAAAGACGAAAUCAAAGGAGAUAACUCGUAACAUUACAAACAUAGAGUGGCUAAUAUAACAUCUAUAUCACAAAUUGCAAAAAAAAAAACAACAACAAUGUUUUAAUUAAUACAGUAUGAUAGUUUAAACACAAAGUAUUAAUGCGUAGUAUUUAUACCACCGCAAAUGUUCAUCUUUGGCAGGAAAAAAAAAAGGAAUAACUAUUAAAAAGCCUGAUUUGUACACAUUUUACAUUAACUUACUCUACUUGUUUAUUUGUCUGGAGCAAACUUAUGUACACGCUAUAUCUCCCACACCCAUUCCCGGAUCAAUUAUACAUUGUACACUUUUAUUUAUUGUCU